AUGUCUCGCACUUCACUUCUAAUCUUCUCAACUCGCCUCUUCUCCCUAAUCCAGAAAUCUCCUCUUAAUUCCCUAGAUAUACCCUCUCUAGUCGACCGCCUCAUCAAUCGAGGAAUCUCUCUCUCACUUCAAAUCUUCUCCUAAUUUCCUAGGUAUCCCCUCUCUCACUCUCUGAAACUGUAGCCAUGGCAGCCGUACAGAGCGCUCCUCUCUCGAACAAGGUCCGAUGGGGAGAACUCGACGAAGACGAUGGAGAGGAUCUGGACUUUCUUCUGCCACCACGUGUCGUGAUGGGGCCCGACGAAAACGGUGUGAAGAAGGUGAUCGAGUACAAAUUCAACGAUGAUGGGAACAAGGUCAAGAUCACGACCACCACACGAACUCGAAAACUUGCCAAGGCUCGCCUGAGCAAGCGGGCUGUUGAGCGCCGGGGCUGGGCCAAGUUCGGCGAUGCAGCACACGAAGAUGCUGGCAGCAGGCUCACCAUGGUCUCCACCGAAGAGAUCCUCAUCGAAAAGCCAAGGGCUCCCGGUAGCAAAGCUGAAGAAACGAAGGUUGCUGGAGAUCCCCUGGCCUCGCUUGGCAAAGGAGGUGCUGUUCUCAUGGUCUGCAGGACUUGCGGCAAGAAGGGCGAUCACUGGACGUCGAAAUGCCCUUACAAGGAUCUUGCCCCACAGGCCGAAGGCUUUGUGGACCGACCUCCCACAUCAGAAACUGCUGCACCUGCUUCUGCAGCCACUAAGGGGACAUAUGUCCCUCCAGGCAUGAGGGGUGGGGCAGAGAGGACCGGAACAGAGAUGCGGCGCCGAAAUGAGGAGAAUUCUGUCCGUGUCACCAACCUCUCAGAGGACACCCGUGAACCUGACCUGCUUGAGCUCUUUCGCACGUUUGGGGCCGUUAGCCGUGUUUACGUUGCGGUUGACCAGAAAACGGGCAUGAGCAGGGGCUUUGGUUUUGUGAACUUCGUCAACAAGGAGGAUGCGGAGAGGGCCAUCAACAAACUCAAUGGGUAUGGUUACGACAAUCUUAUCCUUAGAGUCGAGUGGGCCACUCCGCGAACGAACUGAGAGAGAUUUAGAGAUUUGCAGUUGACAGGGUAUCAGUUGAAGUUUUGCUGUUCUUUCUUUAUUUUAUGCUUUAAAACUCUGUAUUGUGAUUUUUAUAUUUUUCUCUCUCUAUUUCAGCAGAGAAGCUGCUACUACUUUUGAAGUUUAUUUUCAGAUGUAGUUUGGGUAUAAUUAAUAUGUCAUUUGAUGCAUCAUGAUGCCUUUUGGUACUC